AUGAUGUGGUCGACGAGCAAUUACCUGGCGCGCCGGUAUGGUGUACGCGCAGCCAUGCCUGGCUUUCUGGGCAAAAAACUCUGUCCCCAGCUAACCAUCGUAUCGCCGGACUUUGUCAAAUACGCUGAAGUCAGUCGCACUGUGCGCAGAAUUCUGGUCGAGUACUGCGAUGGGGGAGCCUCCGGAAUGGUCACGAUGAGUCUCGAUGAGGCUUACCUGAACAUCACCCAGCACUUGAAUGACCGCGCUGACUGGCCCAAGGACCGACGCACGUAUUGGCCGCGUGCUGCACCAAAGACGCCCAUGCUCGUCUGCCGGCGAGUUGUUUGUUCUUCUUUUCAAUUAUUGUAUUCAGGCGUUGCAUAUGCUUUUGCCUCAAAAUUUAAUAGUGCUCUCAUGGAGCUUUGCUCUAAGACGUCAAACGACCCACUGCUCACCGACCUUCUCGCAACUUCCUCAGCUUCCAAUUCCCCCACCAAGCAGCCAACGCCUGGUGCCAACACCACCAACUGCCCCUCCCACAUCGUCCCCCUGGUUGUUGGAAAAGACGAAGAACUAGCUACCUGUCUGAUAUGCGGGCUACUAGUCAAAUCAGGUCCGCGCGUUUUCGGCACGAGUGCGGAAGAAGCGGUUCGUGAGUUGAGAUUCCGAGUGUUUUGCGCGACUCGACUCACUUGCAGUGCCGGAAUCGCCCCCAACUCGCUCAUCGCCAAGAUCGCAUCCGAUUUGAACAAACCAAAUGGACAAUUUGCUGUUGAACGCACAGCCGAGGAGGUUGACGCAGCUAUCUCUCCCUUACCCAUUAGAAAGGCAAUCUUUAUGGUUCCUGGGAUAGGCCACGUGACCGAAUGUCGUCUACGCGCCUUCGGAGUUCAGACUGUCCACGACCUCUAUCUCCGCCGCGGAAUCCUCUUCCAUUUAGUCUCGCCGACCGCCCUCAAGUACUACAUGCGAAUCACCUUGGGUCACAGUGAGGAUGACUGGCUUGAUCCAGAUAGCAACGCUGCCAGCGGCGACCCUCAGAAUGCCUGCCAGAAAAGCAUGAGCAUUGAACGGACCUUCCAAGAUUGUGAUGAUCGGCAAAUUCUUCAAUCGAAAUGCAAACAACUAUGUUUUUCCCUCGCCACUGAAAUGAAGGAAGCGCAUGUUCAGGGGAAGACGGUGACUAUGAAGUUCAAGUUAGACACCUUCGAGAUUCGGUCGAGAUCUCAAACAUUGUCGGACUACACGUGUGCUGCAACGAUGAUCUACCAGUGUGCCUCCGAAAUCUUGAAGACGGAAAUCAAGAGUGAGCUGACGACGAACGCGAGGAACCUCACUCUCCGACUGAUGGGUACUGUGGCCGUGUCACUAAUCUCUCAUUUAAACCACCCACAACUAAUGUCCUUGUGA